AAAUUCUGUAAGUCAGUAUUGACUUAUCGAAAUGUUUCAAUUUCUUAUGGCUACUAUUUAAUUUCGAAUCAGAUUAUCUUCCCAUUUGAAUCUCCAUUCUUCAAUUCUUCUCUGGCUCUCUGAGAAUUCAUCAAACAGGAACUUCAGUGUCUUCGUUUCAUCGCUUGGGCAUUGAAGCCUCUUCUUGUUUUAAGCACUUGUAACGGGUAUAGGGAAAAGAAGAGGCAUGGCAUCUGAAAGGGAAAUUUUUGAGGAUUCGGGACCUUUAUACCUCACUGCUGUUGAUUGGGACAAUUUUCAUCACAAAAGAUCAGUUGCCGCAAGCUUGGUCCAAGGAGUGUACAAUCUUGAACGGGACCGCCAACAGAACCGCCAAGACCACCAAUCUCAAGCUUCUCCAUGGUGGAGCUCCUUCCGCUUUGAAUUAAUUAAGCAACUAAAAGAUGGUGUUGAUUCCUCAAUCUUGGCGCCAUUUAUAGAUAUAAUAAUCCAUCUGUUCGCCAUCACAAAUGCCCAUAAACGUUAUUGCCUUCCGAGGUACACUAACAAGCCAGGUUCCAUGUUUAGAGAUAUUAAGUUGGACAUCAAAGUCUUCCUCAGCAAACUUCAUCAAGACUCCCGCUUUCAUCUGGCACUGCAGGCUGUGCAGGAUGUAGUUGCAAAAAUAGGAACAGCUAAUAUUUGGUUAGCUGGGCAUUCUCUUGGAGCAGCUAUUGCUUUGCUUGUAGGGAAGAAUAUGGCAAGGGAAGAUUAUCCUAUUGAAACUUACCUUUUCAACCCACCAUUCAUUUUUCUUUCUAAGUUGAAGCAGUGAUUCGCAUUGCAAGCAGUUUUCUGAAAGCUACAAUUGCUCCUGUUAAUGGGCAAACACCAAACAGAUGACUCUUUUUUUGCAUUAUCUGGCUGGUUUCCUCACCUGUUUGUUAACCCAGAUGAUCAUGUAUGCUCUGGAUAUAUUGGUUAUUUUGAGCAUAGGAAAAAGAUGGCGGAAAUUGGAGCUGCAAAGAUUGAGAGACGUGCAACACAAAUUUCUACAGGGAAUAUGAUAUUUGGUAAACAAGAGGGGGGUUGCGAACCCUUGCAUCUGCUGCCUUCAGCUAAUCUGACUAUUAAUGUGAUUCAGUCUCCGGACUUUAAACGAGCUCACGGAAUUCUCCAGUGGUGGGAUCGAAGUUUUCAUGGCCGGUCGGAACGUCACCAGCUCAGGUAAUGUAU